CACAACUAAACGUUCACGACAAUUGGGCUCUUCACGACGACUAUUCUGCUCGUGGCUGUUCUCUGAGCAACAGAACCCGUGUCCUUCGAAACGCUCAUGCGGGUCACAAGCACUGAUUGGAACUGAUGAAACUUGUUAUAACGCUCAAAAGGGAGCUGCGCAGGUCCAUCGUUUCUCAUCCUUUUUUCUUCCGCUAUCAACUCGCGGGCUCGGGUCAUUAAUACUUCUUUUCUCCCUUAGACUGCAGGCAGUCUGCCGUUUUCAUUGAUUUGUAAAUUCGCUUUCUAGAUUGUUAUGUUUGCUUCAGCUGGCCUCACGACCUUUUUAUUCCUUCUGCUGUCCCAAGAUGCAUCAGGCGCACCAACAACAUCAACAGCUGUCGUAGGGCGGAGCAUACCUAUCCGCAGGCUCAACCAUUUAUCUCAGAAUUUCACGCUGGUGGCUCAGCGAGCAAAAAAUCAAAGAGAUAUACUUGCUGUGAAGUACGGCGGUCAGUCGCUUCAGCAGAGGGGCACUGGGUAUAACCUCAUCGUCAAUCAGGGGACUGAUACAGGCUACUACGGGACCAUAGCAAUCGGGACGCCGCCAGUGUCUUAUGAUGUGAUUCUUGACACUGGUUCAUCCGAUCUCUGGCUGACUAGUUCUACUUGCGGAGUAAGCUGCGGAACCAGCCCUACAUAUGAUCCCACGAAAUCGUCUACUUUCCAAAACCUUUCGACACCGUUUGAGAUUCAAUAUGGCUCGGGCGCAGUGGCUGGUUAUGUUGCUGAGGAGACUGUCCAGAUGGCUGGUUUCUCUGUAGCAAAACAAGGCUUUGGUGUUGUCGAUGCUCUUUCGUCGAACUUUAACACGAACCCUGUAUCGGGGAUAAUGGGUCUUGCUUGGAGUUCACUUUCUUCUACGCAACAGACGCCCUUCUGGCAAACUCUGGCUAGCGAUGGAAGUUGGGAUUCUGCAUUAUUCGGAGUGCAGCUCACACGCUAUGGCAAUGUGUCUGGUGCAGCUCAAAACGAGCCAGGAGGUGUUAUUGACAUGGGUUAUACCAACAGCAGUCUCUACACGGGAUCAAUUGAAUAUCACAAUCUUAUUGGAACACCGCAAUACUGGGAGAUUAACAUGACCACGUUGACUGUACAGGGAAAGUCCAUUGAUAUCGCAGGGAUCUCGACUGCUAUCAUCGACACCGGAACCACAAACAUUGCAGGUCCCGCCAGUGCCAUUGCGAGUAUCUACGCACAAAUCCCUGGAUCACAAGCAGGAACGGGCCAAUUACAGGGAUAUUAUACUUAUCCCUGCAGCACGACGGUGAAUGUACAGUUCAACUUUGGUGGUAACACUUGGUCUAUGAGCUCUGUGGACUUCACGCACUCCCAGGUCAGCACCACGGAGUGCAUUGGGGCUUUUUUCAUCUCCUCGAUCGGCCAAGGGGGUCCUUCUUGGGUUAUCGGCGACGCAUUCCUUAAAAAUGUUUACUCUGUUUUCAAGUACAGUCCUGCCUCUGUUGGUUUUGCUGCGCUAUCAGAGACUGCUAUCGCUCAGAAUGGUGUCAAAGCUGCUGUACCAUCCCCGACAAUCGGCGCUGUGACGACUGCCACAAACACUGGUGUUGCAUCAAGUGCUACGUUAGGUGCCGUGUCAAGUGGUCCUUUCAGUAUAUUGCUCUGUUUCUGGCUGGCUUCUACAUCGAUAGCUCUUUUGUUCUGGUAAUUUUUGCUGAUACAGACAUUCUGACAUGAUUAUACAUUCAUUACAAAGUACUGGGUUUCUAAUUAUGUUAAUACGGACAUUUCACAUGGUCAUACA